UGCAAGAUUCGCUCACGAUAAGUGAUCGUCCUGCACGAUAUCAGAGCCGUCAGUUGCCUCUUACAAACAUCACACAGACUGUGUGUGCAUCCAAAAGACUAACAACUCCUUGGAUUUUGUAAAAUGUACUCCAAUUAUUCUAACUUUUCCGUGAAGACUCUGCUUAGCGGAGUCGGAGAAAAUCACUUGGACUAUCAGGCCAUUAAUUUCCCAAUGCCGCCUGCUAAUUUUCCUUUCGAGACGCAAAGAUCUUGCGAUCCACUGCAGCUGAAUAAUUACGCUUCUUGUAUCUAUGGAAGUCCGGCUUCUCCAACUCUAGAUCAUAUCCAGCCGACUUACACCACCCUGCCGUGCGGCUCCCCCGGGACUGCGCUGGGUGCUGGGCCACCCCCUACAGCAAAAGACUUCGACACUGUCAUCCACACCCCGCCAACACCUUGCAUCGACGAUGACAGCGUCGACACAAAACCGACACUGCCGUGCACCGUGACCCAGUCCGGCUCCCCCGCCACGGCCUCCAGUCCCCCACGCCCCGAGGGGGAGAAGACGAAGACCCCCUCAACAAGCUCCGACUCUUCAGGAGAAUGUCAACUUCUGAAACAAAGACAAAAGAGGAAACCCCGGGUGCUAUUUUCCCAGGCGCAAGUGUACGAGUUGGAACGACGAUUCAAACAGCAGAGGUAUCUCUCCGCACCGGAAAGGGAACAAUUAGCUUCCAUGUUGAAACUGACUUCAACCCAAGUUAAGAUCUGGUUUCAGAACAGACGAUACAAAUGCAAAAGACAACGACAAGAUAAAAGUUUGGAACUGUCAGCCAUGCAGCCCCCAAGAAGGGUUGCUGUGCCAGUGCUUGUGAGAGAUGGAAAGCCGUGCAUGGGACAAAAUAUGACCCCUCCUUAUUCUGCUCCGUACAAUGUUAAUCCCUUUGCCUAUUCAUCACCCAGUUAUAAUACGGUCCCCAAUCACAUGGCCCAGGUCAACCAAAUACAACAGAACGGAUAUGUCCAGCAGCCAAUGCACCAAGGCAUUAGGGCGUGGUAGGGACGGGGUCGUCUCAAAAGUAAUGACUCAUUACAUGGCACUCUAAGGUGUCACUACCUUCUCAGGUAAUUCAAAGCUUGAAUCCAGCCCGAUGUUUCUUUGGCUGCACAAUUGUACAUAAACUCCAUACAGCGCCUUUGUGAUGGAGUGUAAAGCUCGGGUCUGGCACUUCGGGCCGAGACAUCGCAGACAAUCAGCACCCUCGAUAGGACUGUUCGACACUCGGAUCCUUGAAUCCAUUUCCGGACGCCGUCGAUAACGAACGCAGAUGUGCCAAGGGGACCCGGAUGUGUUGCUCCAACGGACAAAUUCGUCUUUAAGAGAAGUGUCCUCUGAUGUAUUAUUGUCAGAUACUCCAGGGCACACCGGGGGACAUAACACGUUAUCAUGUAUGUCAGUGUUAAGGCAGUGUUACGUUUGUAAUCAGUUGGUUCAUGAUCUGUCUAAGUCUUUCUGACUGGUCCACGCUACACGAGAACAGUACAACUUAGAACCACGUCUACUUGUGAUGUGCAUGUUAGCUGUAUAGAUCUCAGUAGCAACUACAGGGUAUUUCUAUCUGGAAAAUAAUUCUAAACUACUUUCACCAAUCAGUGAGAACAAUAUUGACCCGUUUCACAAUGUGUGAAUAAGAUGUACAUGUUUGUGUAUUAUAGCUCAUUAUCAUCUCAUCCGAAUAAAUGUUUAUUUAUCAA